AUGAUGAUCACCUUGGGCAGUACGACUGUUAUUGUAAUCUUGUCCCUUGGCUUGUUGCUUGGAACAUCUGUGGCUGAACAAUGUGGAACACAAGCAGGGGGUGCUCUGUGUCCGGAGGGGUAUUGUUGUAGCAAUUACGGAUGGUGCGGCACCACCGACGCCUACUGUGCCCCCGGAAACUGCCAAAGCCAAUGCCCCUCUCCUACUCCUCCACCACCACCGUCUCCACCGCCUCCACCGCCUUCACCACCUCCUCCCUAUGUCCCGCCGCCUCCCCCUUCUCCCGACGACAUCACCAAUAUCGUUUCUGAGUCCCUCUUCAAUGAAAUGCUUCUCCAUCGAAACGAUGAUCCGAAUUGUGCUGUAGGCUUCUACACUUACGACGGUUUCGUUACCGCCGCCAGACGUUACCCUGAGUUUGGUGCUACUGGCACUCUUGAAGAUCGUAAGAGAGAGGUCGCGGCUUUCUUCGGCCAAACUUCUCAUGAAACCACAGGAGGAUGGCCCGACGCACCAGGUGGUCCAUACACUUGGGGAUAUUGCUAUAAUAGGGAGCUAGGAACCCCACCUGGCUAUUGUGUUCCUAGCACUGAAUGGCCUUGUGUUCCUGGUCAAGAUUAUUACGGCCGAGGACCCAUCCAAAUUAGUUACAAUUACAAUUACGGGGUAGCAGGAGCCGCACUUGGAUUUGACCUACUUCACAAUCCCGAUCUGGUUGCCACAAAUGUCGUACUAUCAUUCGAGACGGCCUUAUGGUUUUGGGUGACUGUACAGGCCCCCAAACCCUCAUGCCACGAUGUUAUCACGGGCCAAUGGACGCCAAGUCAAGCUGACAAAGAUGCCAACCGACUUCCUGGCUACGGUUUACUCACCAACAUCAUCAAUGGAGGUCGAGAAUGCGGCAAUACAGGUCCUGAUGGUAAGCUGCAGGAAGAUAGAAUUGGCUUCUAUCUGAGAUACUGUCACUUGCUGGGAGUGAGCCCUGGGGAUAACUUGGAUUGCUAUAAUCAAAGGUCUUAUGGGGUUACUCUUAGGAAUCCAAAAUAUGGGAUACUCAAAAUGCCUGUCGACAAGGCAUAAUAAUGUAUAUGGG